UGUCAGCAGGACAGAACACCAGUGUAGGCACCAUCUAGGAGGAAAGAUUAGAAAGGGUAGAGAAGGAGGAGGGUUAGUGAUGUCCCCCAAGAAGACAGCAUUUUAAAGGUUAUAACAGACGUGGAAAAGGGAACUGGGGACUUGUUCAAUGGGUUUGGCUUUGAAAACCACUUCCACCUUCACGAAGCUCCCUUUGCCUGUGGCUUCCUUUAAAUGUCAGCCCUCACCAAGUUCCCUUUGACCUCCUCGACUAUUGUGUUCCGUUUCCUUCCGAAGCCAUUCCGAGUUCAGGACGCUGACCCACUCAACCGUAAUCUCCGUGCACAGCUUGGGUGGCCAUCUGCAGCACUGUGGGCCUUUGAUCCUCGGAAAGGAAAAGUGGCCGCUCCUCUUCCAGCAUCAAGGUUGGAUUUCAGACAGGAAGAAAGGGCAAGGCUCCAAAUGGUCCUUUGCCAGAAGAACAGGAGCUUUCUAGGAAGUUCCAGACAGUGACUUCCACUGGGAUGCUUCCCUUAGCUGCAGAACACCACAGAGGCAUUUUAACUACAGACAUUGCUGUCCAGGGCUCAAGAAACACUGCAGAAGAGAAGGAUGAAAGAAUUUAAAAACCAGAACAGCCUCGUUUGGGAGAGAGUUUCGCACACAGACUUCAAGAGAAAGCUGAGAGAGGAAGUCCGUGCCAGCUAGCCAGCCUGCCCUGCCUUGGGAGCACAUCUGGAAGAGGUUUCAGGAGCAGCCUCUGGGCACAAGGCUCAGAUUCCCAGCCGGGGAAGGAGGAGUGGAAGAAACCCGAGCCAUUCAAAGUCAACGCAAGCGGAGUUCACAGGUCCUGGUUGUUAUCCAGGUGGAUACACAUGGCUCUUCUACGCAAAAUUAAUCAGGUGCUGCUCUUCCUUCUGGCCCUGACCCUUUGUGGGAUUCUGUACAAGAAAGUUCAUAAGGGAGCUGUCCUCAAGAGCGAAGCAGAUGAUGAUUCCGAGUCCCCCGAGGACACGGAGGAGGAGAUUCCAGUGGUGAUCUGUGCGGCCGCAGGGAGGAUGGGCGCGACCAUGGCCGCCAUCAACAGCAUCUACAGCAACACGGAUGCCAACAUUGUGUUCUAUGUGGUUGGACUGCGGAACACUCUGACUCGAAUACGAAAGUGGAUCGAACAUUCCAAACUGAGAGAAAUAAACUUCAGAGUUGUGGAGUUCAACCCUGUAGUCCUCCAGGGGAAGAUCAGACCAGACUCAUCGAGGCCUGAGCUGCUCCAGCCUCUGAACUUCGUUCGAUUUUAUCUCCCUCUGCUUAUCCAUCAACAUGAGAAAGUCAUCUAUUUGGACGAUGACGUCAUUGUGCAAGGUGACAUCCAGGAACUGUACGACACCACCCUGGCUCUGGGCCAUGCAGCGGCCUUCUCGGAUGACUGUGACUUACCCUCCGCUCAAGACAACAACCGAAUCGUGGGGCUGCAGAACACAUACAUGGGCUAUCUGGACUACCGGAAGAAGACCAUUAAGGAUCUUGGCAUCAGCCCCAGCACCUGCUCAUUCAAUCCUGGUGUGAUUGUCGCCAACAUGACCGAGUGGAAACAUCAACGCAUCACCAAGCAGCUGGAAAAAUGGAUGCAAAAGAACGUGGAAGAAAACCUCUACAGCAGCUCCCUGGGAGGCGGAGUGGCUACCUCACCGAUGCUGAUUGUGUUUCACGGGAAGUAUUCCACCAUCAACCCUCUGUGGCACAUCCGGCACCUCGGCUGGAACCCUGAAGCAAGAUAUUCGGAGCGUUUUCUGCAGGACGCUAAACUACUCCACUGGAACGGAAGACAUAAGCCCUGGGACUUUCCUAGUGUUCACAACGACUUAUGGGAAAGCUGGUUUGUUCCUGACCCUGCGGGGAUCUUUAAACUCCAUCACAACAGAUGACACACCUCGAUACUUCAAGUAUUCCCUGGACAAAAAUGGAAUCACCCUUUGUACCCUCCCCUAGCCCUGUUCUUUAGGAACGGCACCUCGGACACAUAGAUCUACAAUGGAAGAAGCAAGAACUGUGUUACAUGUUCAACCGUGGACCAAAGGCAGACCUAAUUCUUGAAGUUCAAGUGGUAAUUAUGACUGGCCCUUCACCCCCUUCCCCUCUCUUCUUGGUGUUUUGAGACAGGGUCUCACUAUGUACCCCAGGCUGGUCUGGACUUGAAUGACAGUUAUACCAGAAAACUUUAAAAGUCUCUAAUUUUUCACAGUUAGGUAUUUUUGUAGCUGUUCUUGUUGGUUCUGAUUUUGCAUAAGAUAGGAUCUCUCUAUAUAGCCCUGGCUGGCUUAGAACUCACUUAUUGACCAGGCUGGCCUCAAACUCACAAGAUCUACAUACCUCUGCCUCCUAAGUACUGGAAUUAAAUGCAUGUGCCACCAUGCCUGGCUGCAGGUGUUUUCGUUUUUUAACAGGUUGCCAGUUUUGUCCUUUAUAAAAAUUAAAACUAAAAAAAUUUAAAUAUC